AAUAGAAACUUAAAAAAAAAAAUUUAAUAAAUCACUCUAGUUCUUUUUUUUUCCAUCUAACAGGAAAAUGACAAGAUUUCCUUUAGCAAUAUGUCUAAUGUGUAUAAUAGUAGCAUCAAGUACGGUAUAUGAAGCGCAAGGAGGUUUCUUAUUAAGGCAUUACUUGAGGAAACUUCCUAGACUGGCCAACGAGUUUGAACCUUUCGCUUUCAAGAUUAUGAUUAGAUUUAUAGACAACCUUGAGAGCUUAUGCUCCUCGAAAGUGGAGUACAAGGAGUUCUUCUCAAAGCUGAAGGCUUUUUUGAUCUUCAUAAACUCAACAGCAGGGAAGUCUUCAUCGUCAGAAUUUGAGUCUCAGUUGAAAGCACAUUCUGAGGGGCUCUUCAAGGCCAUCACUGCAUUGGGUGUCAAAGCAUCGGCGGAUACAAGCAAGUUGAUUGAAAGUUUGAUGUCGAUGGGAAAAGUUAUGGCUGAGUAUAAGAGGAGCGGUUCACUAACAAUGACAAGUGAACAAAGGAGAGUGCUGAUCACAUCUAUGAUGAAAUGGGCACAAGUGAUUGGUCAGUUUGUGAAAACUGUACGUGAGAAGACUGGUGACGGUGAUAUUGAUCUCCCAUCUCUUGGCAUUGGAGGUGGAGAUGACGACGCUGGAAAUGCUGGAGGUGGAAGCUCCGGCAGUGGUUCUUCCUCCAUGGGAGCUGGAAGUGCUGGAGGUGGUAGCUCCGGCGGUGGUGCCUCCUCCUUGGGAGCUGGAAGCGCUGGAGGUGGAAGCUCUGGCGGUGGUACCUCCUCCAUGGGAGCUGGAAGCGCUGGAGAUGGAAGCUCUGGAAGUGGUUUUCCCUACCCCGGAGCUGGAGGGACUGGAGGUGGUAGCUCAGGCAGUGGUUCUUCCUCCAUGGGAGCUGGAAACACUGGUAUGGGAGAUGGAAGUACUGGUGGCAGUGGAAGUCCAUCCUCCGACAGUGGUACUCCGUCUAGUGAAACUGGAAGUCCUGCUGGCGGUGGAGGCGGUAGCCCGGGUGGAAGCCCAACUGAUAGCUCAACUGCAGCAGGAGGAAGUUCCAUGGGUGGUGGUGGAAGCUCUGGUGAUACCGGAAGUACAACUGGUGCUGGGGGUGGAAGCUCUGGUGAUACCGGAAGUACAACUGGUGCCGAGGGUGGAAGUUCUAGUGAUACCGGAAGUACAACUGGUGCCGCUGGUGGAAGCUCUGGUGAUACCGGAAGUACAACUGGUGCCGCUGGUGGAAGCUCUGGUGAUACCGGAAGUACAACUGGUGCCGCUGGUGGAAGCUCUGGUGAUACCGGAAGUACAACUGGUGCUGCUGGUGGAAGCUCUGGUGAUACCGGAAGUACAACUAGUGCUCGGGGUGGAAGCUCUGGUGAUACCGCAAGUACAACUGGUGCUGGGGGUGGAAGCUCUGGUGAUACCGGAAGUACAACUGGUGCCGAGGGUGGAAGUUCUAGUGAUACCGGAAGUACAACUGGUGCCGCGGGUGGAAGCUCUGGUGAUACCGGAAGUACAACUGGUGCCGGGGGUGGAAGCUCUAGUGAUACCGGAAGUACAACUGGUGCUGCUGGUGGAAGCUCUGGUGAUACCAGAAGUACAACGGGUGCCGAGGGUGGAAACUCUGGUGAUACCGGAAGUACAACUGGUGCUGCUAGUGGAAGCUCUGGUGAUACCGGAAGUACAACGGGUACCGAGGGUGGAAGCUCUGGUGAUACCGGAAGUACAACGGGUACCGAGGGUGGAAGCUCUGGUGAUACCGGAAGUACAACUGGUGCCGGUGGUGGAAGCUCUAAUGGUGGAAGCUCUGUUGACACCCAAAGUAUGACUGGUGCCGGUGGUGGAAGCUCUAAUGGUGGAAGCGGCGGCGGUGGAACCUCUGCUGGUGGCGCAAGUGGAAGUCCAACUGAUGAUAGCUCACGCUCAGGUGAAAGUGCUGGUGGUGAAACCUCUGGUGCUGGUGGUUCAAGCGGAAAUACAUCUAAUAUGUCUACGGAAGAAUCAAGUUCUAUGGGUGGUGGAAAUUCUUCUGAGGACAGUAAAAUCGCCACUGCUGGAAGCGCCAGUGCGGAAAGCACUUCCGGAGGUGCAAGUGGAGGUUCAACUAAAACCACCGCCGCAGCAGAAAGCUCCAUGAAUAAUGGAGAUUCCUACUCAGAUUCUACAGGUGGAAACACCAUGGGGAGCCCCACCGGGAGUCCUUCUGGUAGUGGUGGGAGCUCUUUCACUGGAAGUGAAACUGGAAGCUCAUCUUACCAAGCUGGAGGAGCCUCCGCAGGUGGGCCGAGUGGAAGUACAACUGAUAGCUCAGCUGCAGGAGCAAGUUCAAAGAAUAGUGGAUAUUCUGCUAAAGGAAGCUCCACAACAAGUGCCCAAGGAAGUACACAGGGUGGUUCAGGUUUAGCUGAAGGAGCCUCUGAAGGCAAAUCUUUCAAAGGAAAAACUGGCUCUACGAGGUAUGAAGGUUCUUCCAACUAUCAAAAGACGCACUCAAAAUCCUCAGACAAGAGCUCCUUCAGCCAUUCCUCAGAAGAGAAAAACUCCGGCAACGUCUAAUUAAACUCGUAGGUUCAGGACAAACAUAUAUCAAUCCUAUAACUUCAAUAAAGACACGGCCCUGCUAAUUUACAGCAGCGAGCUGUAGAAUGUUUUUGCUAAAUACUAGAGAAUCACUUACAUGCGUUAGCUUUUACUGCAUGGACAAUUUAGGAUUUUUUUUUAA